AGGAGCCUAUGUCUGCCCAAGUCCCUCUCGUCCUGGUCCUUUUUGCCAGUCCUGACACCGUCUGCCUAUUGGUCUUUGGUCGAGGGGAAAAGCAGAAGGAAACCAUUCCCAACAUGGACAAAUCCUGCCAAGCAGAUGAAGAACGGCCACAGAGCGCGCCCCAGACCAACGAGGAGCAGCCUCGGGCGGAGCCCUCCCCCGAAGAGUCUUGUCCGGAGGAGCCCUCUCCAGAGGAGCCGUCUUCGGAGGAGCAGUCCUCUGAGGAGGAGUUCUUUCCCGAGGAGCUCCUUCCCGAGCUCCUUCCCGAGAUGCUGGUGUCUGAGGAGCGCCCUCCAGAGGAGCGCCUUUCUCGCCAGGACUUGUUCGAGGCGCGCCCUCCUAUGGAGCAGCCUCCUUGCGGCGUGGGCAAACAUAAGCUGGAAGAAGGAAGCUUUAAGGAAAGGCUGGCUAGCUCUCGUCCGCAAUUUAAAGGGGACAUACACGGCAGAAAUUUGAGCAACGAGGAGAUGAUAAAGGUAGCAGAGGAGAUGGAAGAGAUGAAAAGAGUACGGAACAAAUUGAUGAUCAUGCACUGGAAGGCGAGACGGAACCGUCCUUACCCUAUUUAAUGUGUCUGGCCUUCGGUGAUGGUUUGCCUGAUUUCAGUAUUGCCACUCCGAAUCCCUCUCGACAUCUUCUUAAGUUUAAUUCUUUGCGUGGCUUUAUUUAAGGUGUUUUGCUUGUAACUGGUGUAAAAUUGGGCUUCCUUCACCCCCUAUCUGCAAGUUUCCCUUUCAGUCAUGUGUUUCAUCCAUUUGCAUGGAAUGAUGGACGUUAUAUAUUGUGAAGUGAAAAAAGCAAUUUUCGAAAAGUGUAUGUAGUAUCCCAUUUUUUGUAAAAAAAAAUGUAUAUUUAUAUAUUAAUAUGCAAAGUAAAAUUGAAAGUAUAUACUUCAAAGGCUUAACAGUGACAGUCUGUGUGGUAAGAUAAUAGGUGAUUUUUGUUUGUUUUUCAUGUUUGCUUUGUUGAAAUUUCUCAUUUUUUCAUGAUGAACACAUUUUACUUGUGUUGCGAACAAAAAAAAACAACAACACAAUAUAAUUGGAAAAAAAUGUCAAGCAAUUUACUGUCUAUCGCCUUAUAAAGACAAUGUGGCACUUAAUAAAUACU